AUGGCAUCCGGGGGAGCACCUGCUAAAGAGCAGGUAGAAGAUCAGGUUAAGGAAGAGGGGGAAUCGGGGUCGGAGAGUAAGCUCAAUAUGAGUGAGGACCAGCUGAUUGAGGCUUUGGGUAAGCUAGGGAAAUACAGGAUAAUUCCUGUAAAUGAGGAGGAGGAACCUCCGGUUCCCAGGGCUGAAAGCACUCCCAAGCGAUCAUUGAGAUUUGUGGGAACUAGCCAGUCUUAUCCACCCGAUGACCCUAGCCAUAAUGUAACAAAUGUAUACAGCAACCCACACCAUAUCCCUAAGGUGCCCCAGUUUUCCGGGGAGGAGCCACCUUUAAAAGGGGAUGUGUCUUAUGCUGAGUGGCGGUUUGAGAUAAGAUGCUUGGGUGAAGAUCCUGAGAUUUCAAACAGUACCCUGAAACCAAAUGAAUCCGCCACCGCAUUUGGCUGUAGACUAGAGUCGUUGCUACAACCAGCAUUGGAAAAUGGCUCUCUCCAUAAGUCGUCAAAAAAUGACCUGAUGCGACACAAGUUCUGGACAUCCCUUAGUUCUGACAAACUAAAGAGUCAGACUCGUCAUAAAUAUGACACCUUGACAGGCUACAGUGAGCUAUUAAGGGAAAUCCGGGUGGUAGAGAAGGAGUUAAGUUUAACUUUCUCUACUGGUACAGCUACAGGGGCUAGUCAAACGAAAAAGGGACACCAGCAUGUAGUUAAUGCUGAAUCUGAGCAACAGGUUGCAGCUGUAGGGGACAUAGAAAAAAAAUUUGACCAGAAGUUAAAAAGCCUAGAGGAAAAACUUAGUUCUCAGAUAGAGGGUAAGUUUGAUAAAAUCUUGGACAAACUUGGUAAUCGAUCCUCGGGUAACAGUCAGAGGUCGGGUCAAGAUAGUCAGAGGUCAGGUCAAAACAACAAAGGUCGGGGCCGAGGUGGAUAUAAUAGGUCCCGGGGAAAUUGGCACAACAAUAAGGAUAAGGCCAAGGAUGUGAGGAACUCCCCAAACGAGUAG